AUGCCCUCCAACACCGCCGCCGUGCUGACGGCCGUCAAGACCCCCUUCGAGAUCAAGGAGCACCCCUACCCGGAGCCCAAAGACCACGAGGUCGUCGUCCGCGCCCGCGCCCUGGCCCUCAACCCGGCCGACUGGGCCCAGCAGGCCUUCGGCCCGGCCUUCUUCCUGGGCAUGACCCUGCCCUGCGUCGUAGGCGGCGACGUGGCCGGCGACGUCGAGCAGGUCGGCGCCAAGGUCGAGGGCAUCCGGCCCGGCGACCGCGUCGCGGGCCUCUCGACGGCCGCGUUCCAGCACCACGUCCUGCUGCCGGACCACAUGCUCACGCCCAUCCCGGACGCGCUCUCCUACGAGCAGGCGUCGGUGCUGCCGCUGACGCUGUCGACGGCCGUGAAAGCCCUGUUCCACCCGGACUACCUCGGCAUGCGGGUGCCGGCGGCGGCGGGCCCGCGCGCCGAGCCGACGGGCGAGACGGUGCUCAUAUGGGGCGCGUCGACGAGCGUCGGCAGCAGCGCGAUCCAGCUCGCCGUCGCGGCCGGGUACGAGGUCAUCACCACGGCCUCGCCGGGCAACUUUGCGCGUGCCAAGAGGCUCGGCGCGAGCGCGGUGUUCGACUACAACUCGCCCACCGUCAAGGAGGACCUGGUCGCGGCGUUCCGGGGCAAGAGGACGGCGGGCGCGGUGCCCAACGCCGGCCUCGACUUCUCGGUCUACCCGGCCGUCAUCGACGCCUGCGCGGUCGUGGUGGCGAGCGUGCCCGGCAAGAAGUUCCUGGCGUGCACCAUGGCGCGGCCGAACCUGGACGAGCUGCCGGAGGGCGUCGAGGGCAAGUUUGUAGACGUCCUCAGGCCGGACACGGAGCUGGCGUACAAGAUCUACCGCGAGUACCUGCCGGCUGCCCUGGCUGACGGGUCGUUUGUAGCGGAGCCCAAGGCGCAGGUUAUCGGAAAGGGUUUGGAAGCUAUUCAGGGUGGCUUGGACCAGUUCCAAUCCAAGGUGCUGUCGGCUACGAAGCUUGUGGUGACCUUGUGA